AUGUGUAUCUCGAGCAUGGAAAGCUCGCUCGUGGAGGGCAGCGCCACUACCUCCACCACCACCACCACCUCCUCCUCCUCUUCUUCUUCUUCCUCCUCCAGCCCAAGCAACAACAAAACCUCCAACACCCCCACAAACGAGACCUCCUCCUCCUCCACCCAAUCCACCUUCCUCCAUUUCAAACCCCUCACUCCGCUCCCCGUCCUCCCCUACCCAUACAACUCCAAACACCUGGCCCUCCUCCCAAGGCACCACCUCGGCCACGGCGGCAACGGCACCGUGCAAGCCGUAUUCAGCGCCGACCUAAGCGGCGCAAGCGAGAAAGCGCAGCUCUACGCCCUAAAGACCUGCAGCGGACAACCACGCGCCGAGCUCAUCCUCCGCCAGGAGGCGAAGCUGGCCCUCGAGCUGCCACCGCACCCACACCUAGUGCAGACCUUCGUGCUAGGCGAGAUCAUCCCCACCACCAUAGCCGCCACAGUCUGCUCCAUCCUCAGCGCCUCAACCACCACCACCACCACCACCACCACCGAGCCCCCCCCGCGCAGCAACCAACUAGGCUACCUAAUGGAACACUGCGCGCAGGGCGACGUGUACGACCUGCUGUACCCGCCCACCUCACAAACCAGCAAAGCGCUGCUCCUCCCCCAAGCCACGCAACUCUGCUUCAUCAAGCAACUCUUCCUCGGGCUAAGCUACCUGCACAGCCAAGGCAUCGCGCACGGGGACCUCAAACCGGAGAACCUCCUCCUCACCGGCGGGGGGUCCCGGCUCAAGCUCGCCGACUUCGGCUUCGCCUUCCGCUUCCGCUCCCGCUCCCAGCAGCCCUCCGGGGCCGAAUGCACCCCGCUCCCGAUCACCGUGAGUGCGACCUCGCCCGUGACCGGGACGGAGCCCUACAUCGCGCCGGAGAUGUGGCUGGCCGAUUGCACGGCCGUUGCUCUUGCAGAAGCAGAAGCAGCAACGACAGCAGCAACAGCAACAAUAAAUGUGGCUGUAGCUGCAGCCGCACCGACGUACGACCCCCGCGCCGCCGACAUCUGGGCCUGCGCCCUCACGGCCCGCCAGAUCCUGGGGCUGGGGUACCCGUGGCGGCACGCGAUCGACCCCGGGGACGAACACUACGGUCGCUUUGUGAAAGGGUGGCGGCGGUUCUGGGCGAAGACCGGUACUACCCUCGACGCCGCCGCCGGGAGAUGGCCCCUGUGCGGCCGCGGGUUUGAGGGCGAGGAUUACCCGGAUUACGCAGCGCUGGUGCUCGUGCUGGGGAUGCUGCAUCCGGUUCCCGAGCAGCGGCUGACGAUGAAGAACAUCCUGGCGGAUCCCUGGGUGAGGGGGACUCCGUGCUGUUCGCCGGUUGUGCCCGAGGGGAGCCGCGCCGUGCAUGAUCAUGCUCGGUUGAAGGUGGAUUCUGGGGUGAAGUGCACGAGAUAA